GUUACAAAAGGUGUUUUGUAAUUAGAAUAAUGGAAAACGUGAUUGAAUGAGGAAAGGAUUGGGCAUGUAUGUUGUCGGAAGGUGUUGGUAUGUUUGAGAGUGAAGGAAGAUGGUUUCCCAGAAGAGGCCUUACACUGUACCCACUCUCUUCUUCCUCGCCUUGUUCCUCAUUUCUGUCAUUGUCUUCUUCUCCACCAGAACCACUCUUCACACCGCUUCCCCCAUUCACCCAGAUCUCUACAUCCACGUCCAACCUAUUUCCCCUCCUCCUCCUCCUCCUCCACCACCACCACCACCACCACCACCUCCUCCUCCUCCUCCUCCACCUCCUCCUUCUCCUCCGCCCCCACUCUCCUCCCCUGCCACCACUCAAACCCUCACCGUCGGUUACACUGACAAUGUCACCGACGCUGAAUCUGAUGCCCAACCGGUAACGGAAAUAAAUGAAACUGUUGGCGACGAUGCGGCGUUGAAUGUGAAGGAGUGCGAUUUGUUCACGGGAACGUGGGUGAGGGAUGAUAGCUACCCGAUUUACCAACCAGGUUCGUGCCCUUACGUGGACGAGGCUUAUGACUGCAAAGUUAACGGAAGGACCGACACGCUCUACACCAAAUGGCGCUGGAAACCGGAUGCUUGUGAUCUUCCCAGGUUUAAUGCCACGGACUUCCUGUUAAGACUGAAGGGUAAAAGAAUAAUGCUGGUUGGAGAUUCUAUGAACCGAAACCAAUUUGAGUCGAUUCUAUGCGUACUACGUGAGGGCCUGCAAAAUAAGAGCAGAAUGUAUGAGAUACACGGACACAAAAUAACAAAAGGAAGGGGCUACUUUGUUUUUAAAUUUGUGGACUAUAACUGCUCGGUGAUAUUUGUGAGAUCUCAUUUCCUUGUGAAGGAAGGAAUUCGUCUUAAUGCACAAGGGAGCUCAAAUCCUACAUUGUCAAUAGAUCGGAUUGACAAGACAUCUGGUCGUUGGAAGAAGGCUGAUAUUCUUGUCUUCAAUACUGGACACUGGUGGACUCAUGGAAAAACUGCUCGAGGGAUAAAUUACUAUAAAGAAGGUGAUUAUCUAUAUCCAAAAUUUGAUGCAGUGGAGGCUUACAAAAAGGCUAUGGAGACCUGGGGAAAAUGGAUCGAUAAUAAUAUCAAUCCACGUAAACAGAUUGUCUACUAUCGCGGAUAUUCUAAUGCCCAUUUCAGGGGUGGGGACUGGGACUCAGGCGGAUCAUGCAACGGUGAAACUGAACCAGCUUUUAAUGGUUCCAUCCUGAACAACUAUCCUUUGAAAAUGAAGAUAGUGGAAGAAGUGAUCCAGGGAAUGAAGGUUCCAGUGAAGUUACUAAAUAUCACAAAACUGACCAAUUUCCGGAAGGAUGGCCACCCAUCUGUCUAUGGCAAGAAAGUCCCUACAAGGAAGCAAGACUGCAGCCAUUGGUGUCUUCCCGGGGUCCCUGAUGCAUGGAAUGAGUUAAUUUAUGCCACUCUCGUUUUUAAACAAACAAAAAGGAAUUGACUUACAUCAUUCUUCUUUUUAGGAGUUUGCUUUUUUAUGCGGCAAAGAAGGGAGAACAAAAGAGAAAACAGAAUUUCUUUGGCCUGGACUCACAUUUAGGAGGUCAUUGAAAACCACGGAACUUCUUCCUCCUGUGGUAGUACCCUUUGGGAAUUAUCAUGAGUUAGUUAUUCGGAUAGCUUGGAAAACUGUACUUUAUUGCACAUAAUCAGGUAAGAAGUUAAUAUAAAAAUUAGUGAUGCUA